UUAAUGACCAAUAUAUGCGAGCAUUUACGCAAGCUUCCCUUCUUAGCGAAUCCCUCGAAACUCCACGGCCUUUCCAGAAGCUUAGAUCACUCACGCUCAUUUGGAUUUCAAGUGAGACGAAAACUUGGGACAUAGAGCCAACGUCUCCCGUAUUCCUACUUCCCCAACUCCAGUCACUAGAAAUAUCCUAUGUCGAUAUAAGUUAAAAGAGUUCAGUCAAAAGCAACACAGAAAUGCCACAGCGUUUUCAACACCAAACCGCGCUCAAAUCUCUAAUCCUUACAGAAUGCGAUUUCUCUGUCGAAGCCUUAAACCUCAUUCUAUCAUUCCCGAGGAAGCUUUUAAACCUAACUCUAUGCGAGAUAUUCCAUAACCAGUCGGCAGCCGGUGAUCACUUCGCCUUUGAUGAUACCGAUGCUUUCAACCGCGCUAUCGCCCAGCAAGCGGGAAGUCUCAAGAGUCUUCAUAUCGAACGUUCCGGAGAAUGUUUAGAAAACGGAAAGAUUCUAGUCCUCUCACUUUCCAACUUCACGGCCCUUUCUCAUCUCCAACUCGGGCCAUUUCUUAUAACCAAAAUCAACUAUGACCUAAGAGCACCAGUACCACCGGCUCUAAGAUAUCUACGGCUUAUAAGGUACGAUGUAACAAUGUUACAUCAAAAGCUUGCGAAUAAGGUUUUCUCAGAUUUGUCAGUCGAGGCAUUGCUAGCAAAUUCGGAAAGACAUCGCCUGCCAUUCACGCUUGACAUUUCAAUAUAUGCCCCGCCAGGUACUCACAGACCUCUCUUCGGCGUUGACGGUGUGCGGCAAGACAUACGACCACUUAUACAUCAGUUUAGAGAUCGAUUUCAAGAGCUACAAAACGCCUCGAGUCACUCACGCUUAGAAGAGAAACCCAAAUCUUCGAUCCGUCAAACGUCGUCGCGCUUGCGCAUUCUUAGUUACAGCCACCUAAAUAUAGUCCCAUUAAUCCUACAUAAAACAAACCCACCAAGGUUUAUAGUUGGAUACGACUCGUCUCAUCCUGAGCAAUUUCUUACUAGACCUAGCGUUGCUUUCCCCCUCGCUCUCGAUAAAGACUUCAAUGGCAACGACGAAGACAUUAAUAUAGCUUUUCAUAACGUCGACCGCUCCAACCAUAAUUUUUCUACUUAAACGCCGGUCCCAUACACUACACUAAUCAUCUUGAGGGUAUGUGACUAUGGAUUAGAUAGCCGCCACGGAAAACCUACCCUCGACUUACACUCGAGAUUGAUUUCACAUGUAAACGAAAUUAGGGUACCUCUCAUCCAUCUAUUCAUGCUGUCUAAAUGUAUUGGGCAACUUUAAUUAUGGAACUAGGUAGAUACCUCAAUAGAUAGUACCUAGCUGCCUGGUAGGUAGGCUAGUGUAUUAGAUUAAUAAGAGGUCAUUCCCGCCUUUAUAAGGUUCUUAAAAGGAAGCCACCUUAUGAAAUGCUACAGAAAUCUAAGGAUGCUUAGUUAGUAGGUCACAAAUUUAUUUCAUAUGGACGUAUUUUG